CAACUACCACUUCUUGGCCAAAUCGGGUAGCGGGCCCACAUCGCAAACCCUUUUCUCUAUCGCGCCCUAGUACUAUAUAAACUCGCCUUUUCCUAGUGGACCACACUUUUUCCCUCUCAUUCAACUCCGCACUGGCUUCAUCUUCGUCUUCGUCCUCUCUGCGAAUUCCAUCUUCUUCUCUGGUCAAUGCAGGAUAUUCAUUAGUGCAUGAGUUGCUAAUUGAAUAUAUACGCUGAUUCAAUUAACAUUGAAUUAUGGCGACAAAGUCUAGAUUUGAUUCCAGCCCAGCUGUCAAGGGGGCUUUCUCAAAUGAGCAGCGGGGAAAUUUGACAAAUGUCGAUACGGAUAGGUCUGCAAGCUUUCGUGAUGGUAAUGACAGGCAGAUGUUUAUUUCGGAUACUAGUAUGUUGCGGGGAAGUUCUACAUCUUCACUAUAUUCAGAUCCAGUUGCCCAGGAUUUAAAGUUGGAUCCAAUAACCACAGGAGGUCCAAAGUAUACUAGUUUAAAUGACUUAAAACGGUUCCUGAGGAUAUCUUCUGGAAACACCGUUGAGGAUUGUGCUUUUCGAACUGGUAAUCCGAAGUCUCGCAUUCCAGCGGAUCCGGAGGAAUUGAAACGAUUCAAAGCACGCCUACAGGAGGCUUCUGCCAGGACUAGUUACGGAUCAAAGAGGUUGGAUGAAUCUGUACACAAAUUGAACAAAUAUUGGGAGGCCGUAAACUCAAAGAAACAAUUUCAGAACGAUGGGUUGCCAAAUGAAAGGACGAGUGUGUCCCAUUUAUCUAACAUGGGAAUUCAGUCUCAUCAGAGCAUUACAGAGCUUGCAAAUAAAAAACCAGAGGACGGGCCUAAGAAAAUCAUUCCAGACACCCAGGUCGGUACAUCAGCUGCUGAGAUACAGGCGGAAGGGAAAAACAAUAGCUUUGGGAGACAGCCUUUGGCAAUUCGAAAGGAUAGAGACCACAUUAAGGAUGUUGGCAAGGUUUGUGAUGGUGUUCAAGAGAAGUUUCAAAGGUUACCUGUAAGUGGAGAAACAUGGGAUAGAAAAAUGAAAAGAAAACAUUCCAAGGGCACCGUCUUAGCUGGAUCCAUUGACGGGGAAGGAGAGCCGAAAAGGGUUAAGUAUCUAAAGCAAGCUAAAGAGUCUGGUCUGCAGUCUUGUGACAUAGGUUUGAGUAAAUCAAGGCGACCUCGCAUGAAGAAGUCACACAAUAGUAAAGCUAUUGCUCAUCUUGGGCAUCCAUCAACUAGUAGUUUACCGGAUAUUGCUGGUAGGUCAGGUGAUGACUGUGAGGAACUAUUAUUUGCGGCCAACUUUGCUAGCAAUGCCAGCUAUACUGCCUGUUCUAGUUCAUUCUGGAAGAAAAUGGAACCUAAUUUUGCUCCUGUCAACUUGGAGGUCACAGACCACUUGAAGCAGCAGUUUAAAACAAUAGAGGAUGAUGAAAGUCGUUUGUCUCAAAUGCUUUGCCCUCAAAGUGAUGGCCCGGAUGGGGUUGUGCUUACGGACAACCUUUUUUUGCAAUAUCCACUUGAAGGAGAAAGAGGGAGAAACAUUUUAAAUCAAUCUGAUUUAAAAGAGCUAUCUUCAAUGGUUGACAUAGUUGAUCAACCUCACGAUGGCGGCUUUCUGUCCAGUCAAAUGGAUUUAGAAUACAAACUACCACCAUUGUACCAAAGAGUAUUGACAGCUUUGAUCACUGAUGAUCAAACUGAAGAAACUGUUGGAGAUGAAAACACAUCUUUUCUGUAUGAAAGAGAUGACCCUUCUGUUGGAUUCUACACUGACACAGUUUCCUGUAAUGGGAAUGCUACUGUUACACCUGAAAAAAUGUCUAUGGAGGAUAAACUCAUAAUGGAGCUACAGAGUGUCGGCAUAUAUCCAGAACCAGUGCCUGAGCUUGCUGAUGGAGGUUGUGAAGCUAUUGAUCAAGAAAUUACUCAAUUGCAGAAGGGAAGCUGUCAGCAGCUCAUCAAAAACAAAGAAGGAUUUAUGAAACUUAUUCAAGCAGUAGAAGAUGACAGGGAAUUGGGACAGCGAGCCCUUGAGCAAGUUGCGAUGGACAAACUUGUUGAGUUGGCUUAUAAGAAGAAGCUGGCCACUCGGGGAACUAUUGCAUCAAAGUAUGGAGUUUCUAAGGCCUCAAAGCCAGUUGCUUUGGCUUUCAUGAAGAGGACUCUUGCUAGAUGCCGGACAUUUGAGGAAACUGGGAAAAGUUGCUUUCUGGAUCCCAUGUUUAAAGAUGUCCUAUUUGCAACUCCUGCUCUUGACAACCAUACUGCUUCAACUGUUGAUGAUAUGCGACCACUUGGUCAGAACUCUCGGCAAGAUUUUGCACCACCAGGUUCAUUUCCUUCCAGGGAGCAAAAUGUCUUGGGAAAUUCAAACCAUCCAUCCAACCUGGAUUUUGCCAGGACUGGACCAAUACUGAACGGAGGGAAGAAAGGUAAAGUGCUACCCGAUGAUGUUGGUGCUAGCGCUUAUAUGGGAGGGAAGAAAGGAGAAAUGCUACUUGAUGAUGUUGGUGCUAGCGCUUAUAUGGGAGGGAAGAAAGGAGAAAUGCUACUUGAUGAUGUUGGUGCUAGUGAUUCUUUGGGAGGGGAAAAUGGAAAAGGGCUACUUGAUGAUGUUGGUCCUAGUGCUUCUUUGGGAGGGGAGAAAGAAAAAGUGUUACUUGAUGAUGUUGGUGCUAGUGCUUCUUUGGGAGGGAAGAAAGGCAAAGUGCUACUUGACGAUGUUGGUGCUAAUGUUUCUUUGGGAGGGAAGAAAGGCGAAGUGCUACUUGAUGAUGUUGGUGCUAGUGCUUCUUUGGGAGGGAAGAAAGGCGAAGUGCUACUUGACGAUGUUGGUGCUAAUGUUUCUUUGGGAGGGAAGAAAGGCGAAGUGCUACUUGAUGAUGUUGGUGCUAAUGUUUCUUUGGGAGGGAAGAAAGGAGAAGUGCUACUUGACGGUGUUGGUGCUAGUGCGUCUUUGGGAGGCAAGAAAAGAGGAGUGUUGCUUGAAGGUGUUGGGGCUAGUGCUUCUUUGGGAGGGAAGAGAGGAGAAGUGCUACUUGAUGUUGUUGGUGUUGAUUCUAGUGCUUCGUUGGAAGGGAAGAAAGAAAUGCUACUUGUUAGUGCUUCUUUGGAAGGGAAGAAGGGAGAAGUCCUACUUGAGGACGUUGGUGCUAGUGCAACUCUUGGUAAUUCGUUCUUGGGUGGAACAACGAGAAAGAGGAGUAAAAGAGGAACAAACAAGGACACUUCUAUGAGAAAUUAUGUUAAAAGAGGCGGCCGUUCUUCUGCACGUAACACAAGGAGUGAGCGUAAAGCAAAAGCGAAGGCCAAACCGAAGACAGAUCGAGUCUCUACUGCAAAAGGAUCACUUGGCAAGUUGGUGGAGAACACCAACUAUAAUUUGGCUUGUGGCUCUGAUCAACUGGUUUCCAGUGGUAUCAAUAAUGUUGGCUCUGUAUCUCAUGGUUAUAGUACUAAAGAUUUUGCCAUUGAAACUGAGGAUCCCUUGGAUUUAACAAACAUGCCUGAACUGGACUCCAUAGAUGUUGGUGCAGAUCAAGACCUGGGUUCUUGGUUAAACAUUGAUGAGGAUGCCAUAGAAGAGGUUGGUGAUGCGGGGGGCCUAGACAUACCGAUGGACGAUCUGUUCACGGUUCUGUGAAGACGAAUGCAGGAUAUUAUAUAUUCCCAUACAUUAUUUGGUGUUUAUGAAUCACUCUGCUGAUACAAUUCAUGACUCUCCAGUUGGCAAUCUUAGUUAUGGUCAUUAUUAUUUUUGUAUAUACUUGCCAGUCAGUAUCUACAGACCAAAUAUAGAAACAUAAGGUUAAAGAUAUACAGAAAAGAAGAAAAAGGUAGUUCUCAAUUGUUCAUAUGAGAAUGGAGCUCCAUCGAUUGUAACUGUUACACACAUUACAAAUAAUUUAUAAUUCUGUUGUUAUA